UAACCCUAUUAACCUAAAAUGUGAAAACAAUCACAUUUUUCCUACAUUUUUUUAGUUUUAUAUUAUUUUAAAAGUAUUUAUUGAUUUAAUUUAAUUAAUCAAGAUGGACGAAGUAACAUCAUUCUCCAUACUAAAAAAAUGUAGCAUUAUACCAAAAGCCAUAAAGUCUAUUAUUUGUUCAACUUCAAGAAAUUUUCUUUUUGUCUGGAGUUCCCAGGAAGUGUAUGUUUAUGAGUAUAAACUGGCAAUUGUUGAUGGGCUGCCAGAACUAAAUGGAUAUGAGGAAACGUUCAAUUUUGGAAAUAAUAUAGUAGCUGUUAUAAGUUCAGAAGAAAACGUGUAUGCAUUGGACGAAAAAGGAUCAGUUUUUCUAUUUAAUCUCGAUGCUAAAAGUUCAAAUUCACCCGAUGAUAUAGAUAUAUUUGAAGCAAGUCCUGAGGAAGAGGCUAAUCGUCAGCAGAGUCUAAUAGGUAGUUUAGACAAAUGUGAUGAAUUACUAGCAGUUAUGGAAGUGGCUGGCGGAUUCGCUUCUUGUUCAAAGUGUAAACAGAAACUGAUUGUACAAAUCUGGAGAGUGCAUCCACUACUAGAAAGAAUCGCUGAGCACAGUAUUACGGAUACAUCACCUUGUCAG